AUGGCGGGAUGAAGCCAUGCUUUCAACAAAAAUAAUAGACUAAAUGUAACAAAUUCGGUGUUUGCUAAAUUCUUUUCUGAAAAGACAGGUACUCAACUACAGAAACAUAACCGAUGAUUUGAACUAGUCUUUGUAGAAGAAGCUUGGUAAAAUGCAACGAUUACUGGCCCCAAACUCCACAUCAAGUCUUCAAUCAUACGCGAAUUCAACUAUUGAGUGUCUCGAGAGAUCAGAUGUUGCAGACGAUAGCKGUACACUGAUUUCAGGAUCAACAUUUGCUAAUGGAAAUCUUGCAUGGCUUGCAAGGGGAUCAGCCCUUGAAGUAGUCGACACAAAGACAGGUCAGCGAACUGCAGCAUGGAGGUUUGGUUGGAGUUUCAAGGAGAAACAUGCCGUUACAAUCACGUCCGUGGUUGCUUUUCCGAUGGGACUGAUGCAUCGCUUGUUAGUUGGUUUAAAGGAUUUGUCUGGUAGUUUACCUGGUAUGGUUUGUUUGUUUGAUCCUAGUGUAUCGCGUGUUAUCAAGGCAGUUGUCAUUCCUUACCCUGUGACAAGUCUUGAAAGUGUUACGGCAGAUGGCGGCGCUGAUGCGGCUCCUUCGUUGUUAAGUUUACAGAUAAAGUUAUACUUUGGUAUUGUUGCUGUGGGGACAGAACAAGGGCAUACAUACCUGGUUGAUAUGCGUCUUGAUGAUGACAUGGAAAAGUUUGAUGAAUGGAAUCCAAGUAGCAUAGAAGUUACUGAUUGUCAUGUACCUAAUGUGUCAAGUCACAGGGAGAGAGCAAGGGCAAAUGAUACACAUGUUGCUUUAGAGCUUGGAGGUGAAUGUCACAAGUCUGGUAAGUUUUAUUUAGAAAAUCCAGAUUCCAGAAAUCAAAAGGUAUAUUCAGCAGGGGAUGUAUUUGUCUCAGCAAUAAAGUAUAUCCACCAGGCAAGYUCUCUUGUGAUUGGAUACAAUUUUGGAUGUUUUGUUAUAUGGGACCUGAGUUCUAUGACUUUGGUAUAUACUAGUCAAGUGGACCAGUAUGACAUGUCAGCUGUCACUCAUCUAUCCUUUCAAGAACCUGAAAACGACCCUCGCAACUUUUGCUAUCUUUGGGUUGCACGUGGUCCUCUUACAGUAGAAGAUGAGUCUCUUGACAUCCCUACAACUUUAACUUUGUACCAGUUGAUAUUUGCAGCUAGAGAAAUGCUGCCUGGAUAUGGCAUUGUGUAUAAGGACCUCAGUGGAUGUGGUCGMCGUUUUGAACACCAACUAACUGCAGAUGCACAUCAUCUUGCUGAUGCAACAUCCGUUGGUAGCAGAGUCAUUUGCUGUUAUACUUUAGAAAAGGAGAGUGUCAGCCAUGAUGUCUCUAAAGUUGAUGAAGGCUCUACUAGGGACUUAACUCKAAUGGUGUGUAUAUGGGAAGCUCCUUCCCAUGAACCUUUGUCCAGCCCAACAUGUCAUCUAGGAAUAUUUGACAUCAAUAGAUGGUACCACUCACAGAUGCAGCCAUCUCUUAGGGAUGCCAUGUUUGGAAGUAAGGACUCAACCUGCCCUUUCUUUGCUUUCUUCUCAUUGGCUGAUAUUCUAGAGUCUGCAAGUCCUGAUGGGAUUAUUGACGUUUACAUCAACAGCAAUGAUGUGACAAGGUUUACAAAUAGCGUUGAGCCAGCCUUAGAACAGCAUUUCUGGCCAGCUUCUCUCAAAUUUGAUGCAUGUUGUAUAAUGGAGACAGGAAUAAUUCACUCACAGUUCCUGGGAAUGCAAAGACAGAUCUUAGCAAGUUUGAGGCAGCAAGGAGUUUCUAGUUUAAUGGAAGCACACAGCUACUUCAAUAUGUGUUGGGCAGCUGGUUUACUACCAAGAAACUUUGACAUGUCAAAAUCACAGGAUAAGAAUUUUCAUCUUGAGGGUAUCCUGUCUGUAUGUCUAGAGCAUGGCCUGGUGGUAUUUAUAACAUCUUGUAUUGAUAAAUUGGGUGCACAAAUUGGUCCUUCUGGUUUUAGUCUGAGGCUGAUACUGGAUUGGUCAUGGACAAAAGUYGUGUACUUAAAGGAACAACUUGAYCAACUUUGUAAGUUAAACAUAACACAGCAGUCCUGCUAAUUACACAAUUAGAGAGCUUUUCUUUGUCAUGCAAGCCUGUCAGUUACUGUGACAG